AUGGGCUGCAACAUGUGCGUGGUGCAGAAACCGGAGGAGCAGCACCGGGUGAUGCUGCAGGUGAGCGGGAGGGAGGGGCCGCGGCGGGAGCCGGCCCGGGGGGGCCCGCGGGGGUCGAAGGAGCCGCUGGUGCUGCACGUGCUGCGCCGCAGCCCGGGGCCGCCCCCCUCCCGCCGCAGGGGCGGCCCCCUGGGGGGGACCGGGACCUCCCCCCCACCGCCCCCAGGCCCCACCGUGGGGCUGGUGGACAGCGGGACCCAGACGGACAUCAGCUUCGGGGGGGCCGAGCCCCCCCCACUGCCCCAUGACUAUUUCGACCCCACGGACCUGGGGGACCCCGAGCGCCCUGAGGAGCUGGAGUACGAGGAGGUGGAGCUGUACAAGAGCAGCCACCGGGACAAGCUGGGCCUCACCGUCUGCUACCGCACGGAUGGCGAGGAGGACGCUGGCAUCUACGUGGGGGAGGUGAACCCCAACAGCAUCGCGGCCAAGGAUGGGCGCAUCCGCGAGGGCGACCGCAUCAUCCAGGAUAACGGGGUGGAGGUGCAGGACCGGGAGGAGGCCGUGGCCUUCCUAACCCAGGAGCAGCAAACGAAUAUCUCCCUCCUGCUCGCCCGGCCUGAGAGCCAGCGCUGGAAGGACAGUGACCGCGAGGAUUUCCUCGAUGACUUCGGCUCUGAUGAGGACGGGGACGUGAGGCAGCGCCGGCCCUGGAGCCCCCCCGGACAGCCCCCCAGCCCCGCCACCCCCUGCGCGCGGGGGGCGGAGCCGGACAGCGGCGUGGGGCGCACGGACGAGAGCACCCGCAACGAGGAGAGCUCCGAGCACGACCCGAGGGGGGAGGAGGGCGACGGGACCCCCCCCGCGCCCGGCGCCGCGGCGCCCCCCCCCCGGCCCGGCGGAGCUGGAACCGGAGCCGCAGCCGGGGGCAGCCCUCGGGGUCGCGCCGGGCCCGCGGGAAGACCCGGCCCUGGCUCCGGAUCGGGGCUGAGCCCCGGGGCAAGGCCCGGCUCCGGGUCCGGCGCGGGCCGCGGGGCGGGUGGAAGAGCCGGAGCUGGAUCCGGGCCCGGGGUAAUGCCCGGCGCCAGAGCGGGGUCCGCGCCAAGACCCGGCGCGGGCUGCGCGGCGCCGCCCGGAGCGGGGCUCUCCCCGGGGGCCGCGGCGGCGCCGCUGGUCCCGGUCGAGCUGCGGCGCUACCGGCAGCUGCGGGGCCGGCGGGGCGCGGCGGGGCCGGGCGGCGGCGCGGAGCUGGCCCUGCUCGGGGAGGAGCUGCGGCUCCUGGAGCUGCGGUGCCGGCAGCUGCUGCGGGCGCAGGCGGCGGAGCGGCUGCGGGAGCGCGGCCUCGCCGACAUCUCGGAGGCGCCGGAGCGGGACAGCACCAGCGCCUACAACACGGGCGAGAGCUGCCGCAGCUCCCCCCCGCCGCGGGGCUGGGCCGUGCCGGGCGCCGGGGCCGGGGCUGCCCGCGGCGGGGGCCCGCGGGGGAAGCGGCCGGGCCGGGAUCGGCUGCUCAAGGCCCGCGCCAUCAAGAUGGAGGAGCGCGGCGGCUCCACCACGGACGACGACGCCCGCAGCGAGCUCAAGACCGGGCGCUACUGGAGCCGCGAGCAGCGCAAGCAGCACCUGGCCCGGGCGCGGGAGCAGCGGCGGCGGCGGGAGCUGCUCCUGCAGGGCCGGGCCGAGCCGCCGGGACCGGGAGCCGGGGCCGGGGCUCCGGAGCCGCCCCCCCUGGCCGGGGCCGCCCGGCGCGGGCCCCGCAAGCGGAGCCGCCGCAUCCUCGAUAACUGGGUCACGAUCCAGGAGAUGCUGGCGCGGGGCGAGGGCGGGCGCGGUGGGGGAGCCCCCUGCUCUCGGUCACCACCGUGUAACGGGGACCCCGCCCCCAUUGUGCUGUGGGGGGAACCCUCCAGCUCUUGGUGCUACAGCGGGAAACCGCCUCCCCCCAGCCCCCUCCCCUCAUUUGAUGGGGGCCUCCCCUAAGCACAAUGGGGGCUGAGCGCC